AUUGCUUUAGUAGAUGGGGGUGCAGAUUGAAUUUCUUGACUGUUCCAGGUUCUUUUACCCCCCGCCUUUUCUUUGGAGUGCUAGUCCCUCCCUCCCUCCUGUGGGAAUGGGGGGAUCGAUCCGGAGGGCCUGCUUAGUGCGAUGAGCGGCAGUUAAAUUCGCUCUUGUCAGAUGUAGGCGCCCCUUAUUUAUUUGUUUGUUUGUUUGUUUUAACAGACGGGAACCCUCCACCACCACCAAGUCAUGGAGUACUUUUCUAAGGAAUAACACCCCCCCCCCUUCGCGUGGGGCGGCACUAACCCAGAGUCUCUUUACUCAUUCGCCCCCGCCCCCCGGGUUGGCCCUCCAGGGAGGGGGGCCUUUGAAGAGAUGGAGAGACCCGCCGGGUCCUCUGAGGAAGAAGGGGAGCAGUCGCUGCUCACCGUCAGGCAUGAGCUGAAGAACGCAAACUUAACAGGCCACACAGAGAAGGUGGGCAUUGAGAACUUUGAACUCCUGAAAAUUCUUGGGACAGGAGCUUAUGGAAAGGUAUUUCUGGUGAGGAAAAACAGUGGUCAUGAUGCUGGCAAAUUGUAUGCAAUGAAGGUAUUAAAAAAGGCAACAAUAAUUCAAAAAUCCAAAACAACUGAACAUACAAAGACUGAACGACAAGUACUAGAACACAUUCGACAGUCUCCAUUUUUGGUCACUUUGCAUUACGCUUUCCAGACAGAUACAAAACUUCAUCUCAUCUUAGAUUACAUAAAUGGAGGAGAACUUUUUACCCAUCUUUCACAAAGAGAGAGAUUUAAUGAAGAUGAGGUACAGAUAUAUAUUGGGGAGAUUGUUUUAGCACUGGAACACCUACACAAGUUGGGAAUUAUUUAUCGUGACAUAAAACUUGAAAAUAUUCUUCUUGAUUCAGAUGGACAUGUAGUUUUGACAGACUUUGGACUGAGUAAGGAGUUUGUUAAUGAUGAAAAUGAAAGAGCUUAUUCUUUUUGUGGAACCAUAGAAUAUAUGGCACCAGAUAUUGUCAGAGGAGGAGAUACAGGACAUGAUAAAGCUGUUGAUUGGUGGAGUUUAGGUGUUCUGAUGUAUGAAUUAUUGACUGGAGCAUCACCUUUUACAGUUGAUGGGGAGAGAAAUUCACAAACUGACAUAUCUAAGAGAAUAUUAAAAAGUGAACCUCCAUAUCCACAAGAAAUGACUGCGUUAGCUAAAGAUUUAAUUCAGUGUCUUCUAAUGAAAGAUCCCAAGAAAAGAUUGGGUUGUGGUUCAGGGAGUGCUGAUGAAAUCAAACAACAUCCCUUCUUCAAGAAAAUAAAUUGGAAUGACUUGGCUGCCAAAAAAGUGUCUGCUCCAUUUAAACCAAUAAUUCGUGAUGAGUUGGAUGUUAGUAAUUUUGCAGAGGAGUUUACAGAAAUGGAUCCAACAUAUUCUCCAGCAACCACUUCAGAGGCUGCGGACAAGCUAUUUCAGGGAUAUUCUUUUGUUGCUCCUUCCAUUUUAUUCAAACACAAUGCAGCCAUUAUGGAUCCAGUUUAUUUUCUGACAAAACAUAACCAACCUGGAGUUACAAAUAUUGCGAGAAGUGCUAUGAUGAAGGACUCUCCAUUUUAUCUCCACUAUGAGCUGGACUUAAAAGAAAAACCACUGGGAGAAGGUAGUUUUUCUAUCUGUCGAAAAUGCUUACACAAGAAAACUAAACGUGAAUAUGCAGUAAAAAUAAUCAGUAAAAGGCUAGAAGUCAACACUCAGAGAGAAAUUACAGCUUUAAAACUCUGCGAAGGACAUCCCAAUGUUGUGAAAUUGCAUGAAAUUUAUCAUGAUCAGCUCCACACAUUUCUAGUAAUGGAACUACUGAAAGGGGGAGAAUUACUUGAACGCAUCCAGAAAAAGAAGUACUUCAGUGAAACAGAAGCUAGUUAUAUCAUGCGCAGAUUAGUUUCUGCAGUGAGCCAUAUGCACGAUGUGGGAGUAGUACACAGAGAUUUAAAACCCGAGAAUUUAUUAUUCACAGAUGAAAGUGAUAAUUCAGAAAUAAAAAUAAUUGAUUUUGGAUUUGCCCGAUUAAAACCUUCAGACAAUCAGCCUCUUAGAACUCCAUGUUUUACCCUUCAUUAUGCUGCUCCAGAGCUCUUAAACCAUAAUGGUUAUGAUGAAUCCUGUGACCUCUGGAGUUUGGGAGUUAUUCUGUAUACAAUGCUUUCAGGACAAAUACCCUUUCAGUCUCAAGAUAGCAGCAUAAUAUGUACAAAUGUUUUGGAAACAAUGAAGAAAAUUAAAAGAGGGGAAUUUUCAUUUCAAGGAGAUGCUUGGAAAAAUGUUUCUCAGGAAGCCAAAGAUUUGAUACAAGGACUUCUCACAGUGGAUCCAAAUAAGAGGAUUAAAAUGACCAGUUUGAGAUACAAUGAUUGGCUUCAGGAUGGUUGCCAACUGUCAUCCAACCCAUUAAUGACUCCAGACAAUUUAGGAUCUUCAGGAGCUGUAAUACAUGUCAAAGCAACUUUUAAUGCUUUUAACAAGUAUAAAAGGGAAGGAUUUUGCCUCCAGAAUGUGGACAAGGCACCUCUUGCAAAAAGAAGAAAGAUGAAAAAGACAAGCACAAGCACAGAGACCCGCAGCAGUUCCAGUGAAAGUUCUCAUUCUUCUUCCUCUCAAUCCUAUGGUAAAACUACCCCUACAAAAACACUACAGACAACACAUCCUAUAGACAGCAAUAAGUCAGAGAAUAUCUUUCAAUUCUCUGAUUGAAGAUCUGUUCUCUUGGAUAAUAAUUGAAAUUUGCUGAUGCCUGUUCUCUUUUGAAUACAGUAAUGAGAUAUGUUUACAAAUUGCCCCUUCUAAUAUUUUUGUUUCAGUCUGAGGCCUGUGUUGAAAUACCACUGCGACUGUAACCAGAAUCAAAAUUCAAAAAACAAAAAAGUGAUAUAAAAUGUUUCAUUUUAAUAUAUGUGCCUCUCCAACACUUUUUAAAAGAUGUCUAUAAUCCAAUGGCAUAAUCCUGCACUCAAGAGCCUGUAUGUAUGUAUGUAAUAUACAUACAUACAUACACACGUACACGGGCGGGGGGGGGGAAGCUGAGAAAGACUGAGAGGCUGUUUUCUAUAUAAAAUAUAUUUUAUUGUGCAAAUUUACAAAUGCAUAUAUGUGUGUCUGUGUGGAUUAAAUCCUCAACAAAGAUGUGUUUCAAUAUAUUUGCCAGAAUCAAAAAUAACAUGUUUCCUUAUAUGCAGAAGCUAUUUUCUUAUGCAAAACAUAUACACAAGCCACUUGCUUAGUAUAUGAAGAAGUCCCUACAUGACACAUAAGCAGCAACUUAAUUUAUGUGAUAGCUUGGAGACUAUAUAAAAUUUUAUUUCCACUUUUUUCUAAUGAGAUAAUACUAUUUGGGAUUUUAAAACUUGACUUGGAGAAAGAUUUUUCAAAUAUAAAAAUUAUUCUGUGAGACUUUUAUAUUCCUUUUAUCAUGUGGAUCAAAAAAACCAAGCUAAGUAUGCUAUGAUAUGUAAUACAUUAAAAUUGGCAAUUGGGUUGUAGCUUAAUAUUCAAGAGAUUUUUAUUCUGUAUCAAGCAUCUGUAUGGUUGAUAUUAUAAUUGUAUUUGAUAAGUAACUGAAUGAUAUUGUGAGUAUUUCUUGGAGAUGCUGUAAUUUGUUGUACCAGAUUCAAUAAGAACUAUAAGCUUAUACUAUUUAAUCUUGCAAGACAUUUUUCUGAUAUUUUCAUGUCUAGACAUAAUGUAUCUGAGUUUGCCUGUUUCACACUGGGAUAUACUUUAAUGCAUGUACGCAUUGGAAAAUUAAGAGGAUAUUUUGUCAAGCACUGUGCUUCAUAUCUCUACACUGUUAUUUUACUAUAGUAAAAUUUUCCACUGUAGUUAUAUUUUGGAUUCAUAAAUAUGGAUUUUCUGAUGCAUUUUUAAAUGAUAAUAUUUUAAACUAUGAAGCACGAUUUAUAAAUAUAUGUAGAGUUCUUCCAUAGUUCACAUGCUGCAGUUCUGCAAAAAAACAACAACAACAACUAUAGAAGUAGUCUUACUGGGUAAUUAGUGAGGCAAUUUGUAUAAAGUUAAGCUUGUAUCUAUAUUGGCAUUAUUAGACCUCACUUAGUGGAUUUUAGAAACACCUUGCUAUUUUGUAGAAUGAACAAUCCAAAUUCUAUGCAAAUACUCCUUUUCUAUAAAAACUAUUAACUUCUUUACAUAAUCAUAUCUAUUUCAUAAAUCUCUUGCAUACUUCUUUAGGGAAACUGAAAAAAAAACCCUAGAGAAGCCUGAGAAUAUUUUCGUGAAGAAUUACAGAGAAAUAACAUAAUAUGAAUUUUUGUGUAAUUUACUGGGUUUUUGUGGCCAUCUUAAUUUCAAGAUAUGUAAAACAUAGAAUUAGACAAGUUUUUCUAUCAGAUAUAUUUUGACUUCUACACUGUUAUUUCUGUAAACUAUGCAUCCAAACUUGGACAGGACAGUAUCUUGCAUUGGUAACUAUUUAAAUGGACUUACGUUUUUUGUGUGAAGUAGCACAACUUUGAGUUUUAAAGAAAUGAAUUUUUUAGCUUUCAGUUCUCUGCACACUUUUUCGUGAGUAUGCAUCAUUGAACUCCAUGAGAUAUUUCAAUAAAUAGACAUAGGAUUGGGUUGUUAAUUGUAUACAUUGAUAUGUUACCUAGUUUGAUAAUCAAAUGUUUGCAAGAAAACAACCAAAGCUCAGAGAGCACUAAGGACCCCAUAAGUUAAACUUUGCAGCACAAUAUUGAAAACUGAACUGUUUAGAUUAUUCUGAUCUUUAUAUAUGCUGAGAGCAGAAAGAUCUUAAUUAGAUUUACUUUCUAUACAUAUAUAUGUAGUUCAUUUCAAACAUUUUUCUUUGGUAAUAUAGAUAAGCAUCUUGAAGAGGAGGAAAUGUGUUCAGAAAUUACAUAAACAUUUUACUAUGGUGUGCCACUUUCCAUUUCAAAAUGAAGAUGGAAUAAAGCAUAUUUUUAAAUAAAAUGUCAAUCUUUUAGAAUUUUAAUUCUGAUACAACUAAAUUUAUACGUAGUAUAGACAACUUAUUUUUAAUAUCUAAUUACCUUUGAGAAAUUAAAGGGAUUUUUUAAAAUAUCAAAAUUUAAAAAUUUGGUAGGAUGUCAUGAAAAUCACAGAAUCAUGGUUUCAUAUUUCUCAGGAAAAGGAUUUUGUAUAUAUUUCCAUUGUUUCUUCCACAGGCAGCUAUUGUGAAAGCUUGAUGAACUAUAACUUUAUACUAUUAGAGAGGGGAUUUUCCUGAAUAGAAGCAUAAGUGAGUGUAAAUUGCAUAUUAUUAUUAUUGAUCUUAUAUUUAUUCAUAUAUUUGUACUAUAUUUAAAAGUUAAUUAUUUACAAUAUAUACUUUAGUAUAUCAGUAUGUAUAAUUAUCUAGAGGAAUAGAUACAGCAAUAACAAUUAGAAAUUAAAUGGUACAUGUGUAGCUAUGUUUUCAAAGUUCUUUUAUGAUAUUAUAUUUUUCACAAUCGGAUCCACAUAUAUAAACCAAAUUACUUCUUGCUAUUAAUAAAAUGAUCAAUGCAAGAGUUAAACAACAUUCCUGAUUUUUUAUAUGCUUUAUCCUGCUAGUGGAAAGGUAAGACAUUAGGAGUUGCUGGAUAAAGCCUCUUUAUGUUUUAUAUCAUUGUUGGGGAUUAAACAGCUUAUGCUGACUGAAAUGAUAAAUUCGUGAUUUUUAUUUUUUCUCUGUUAAAAAGGAUAAAUCUUCAGCGAGUUUAGCAGAUAAAUAUUUAUUACAUCCUUUCCCUAAAAGUUUACUGCAUUAUGCUAUUGAUAACUCAGGUAAUAAUUUAUUACCCAUAAAAAUAUUAUUCUCUGACUUUAAAAUUUUGCACCAGGCAAAUAGGCAUUAAUUGUAGUUAAUAAACACAGGAUGAUAUACCUGCAAGAUUGGUAGAAUCUCAAGUUUAUUAUAAGGUGUGCUUUGUAAUAUUAGUAAUAGAGAAAGGUGGUGCAUACUUCAAUAAAGUCAGAAAUACUGCAUUAAUUAUUCACAUUUAUUUUAAUUUUAAGAUUUAUUUAAUUCAGAUUUAUUUUAAUUUUCUUUUGUGAAAGAAAAUCUCUUAUAUAAUAAAACUCUAUAGACUAAUAUAGCAUAGUGGAAAAAAUUGAUUUGAAAAUUAAUAGAAGAAUUUCGAAUAAGGCUGUAUUUAAAAACAUUUAUACAUUGAAAAGUGUUUGUUUAAACAAAUUACUUCAAAUAAAGAAAGCAUCACAUACUUCUUUGUUUAGACUUCUCAGAUGAUUACAGUGUGAUUGCUCAUUUUAUGCACUUGGAGAGCAGGAAAAUAAUAUUGCUGUAAAAGACAGAUACUUCUGUUGCAACAUUUAUCUGCUAUUUUCUUUGGUUUUGCAUGGUAGAUGAAUGUACAUCCAAUAAUUAAAAGUUAGCAAUUAAAAUAGAAUAAUUGUCUUAAGGUGCCACAUUGGCACUGAUUUACAAGUUUCUAUUAGAUGCUGUUUUAUCUCAUCCUUCGUAAUUUCUGGAAUAGGCACAACUAGCAGAAAAAAUACUCCAUCACAAAGUCUGCUGCAAAAAAAUAGAGGACUUUCGACAGUAGUUCUGAAGUGGCAUUCAGAGGCUGCAAGAAGAGAAGGGAAAAAGACACAGUGCAUAAACUGAAGCUGUUCACCUGAGAUGGAAUUUAACUCAUACAAUCAUUACCUAGGAAAAUUGUACAUAAGGGUGACUUUUCAGUAUAUAGAUAAUUAUACUUAACUUCUCUGACUGUGUUGGCUGGUUACUCCCACCAAGAUUUGAGGGUUUUUAGGAUAACUACCGGUAGUUCCUUGAAACAAUUUCUUGUUAAAUUUGAAAGAUUGUUUAACUCUUAAUUUAGUUUUUCUUGUUAAUUGAUUUAUUUUACUUUCUUCAGAAAAUUAGGUUGCCAGUUUAGGGUGUAUGUAUAAGGUGUUUCUAAAUCUCAGUCCUGGUUCACUUGCAUGGAUUAUGCAUCAAUUAAGGAUAAGUGUUUUAUAUGGUGAUUGUUUUAGUAAUAGAUGCAGGGGUUAUGUAUUUAGUCAAACAAAAGAACAAGAAUGAAAAAGAAGUACUCCAAGAUAGGCAAUUUAUUAAAAUACGAAUUUAAUAAAUACAAUUUAUUAAAAGGUUAAAUAAGAGGAAGAGCAAAUCAGUCAGUGGGAGUGUUCU